GAUCAGUCAUAGAUACACUCCAAUUAUGAGAUACCGCGAUGUGUUUUCAGCAUGUGGUUUUUCAUAGAUAAAUGAAAUGGAGUGUUGAAAACUAUAUAUGGACUACCUCUACAUAAUAAUGGUAGAUAUGAAGUGAAUACUUGUCACUUCUGUUAGCAUGAAAAUGAUCAGUAAUAGUUGCACAUUUUGUAUCGCAAUUAUGAGAAAUAUUUACAUGUGUUUUCUUCUGCUUUUUGUCUAUUUUAUUUUUAUGUUUUGCAAUAAAUGAUGUGCCCUGAGGAGGUGGGGUAAAGUUGGCACUGCAUUGUCGAGACUAGUCUGGUUGCCAUGCGUAAGCCCUUCAUUUUUUAACACAGAUGUCAAAUUGGGUAUUCUUCAAUAUAUUAAUUUCUGCACUUGGUAUCAUAUAUAGUGAAGGGAAAUCUCAAAUUAGUUCCUAUAACCUGACUAUGUCAUGAAAAAGUUUUGGCCAACCUUGACCAUGUCCUGAAUUAUUGAUGCCCAACCUUGGCUCGAGGCCAUAUCAGGACUGUUUUCCAUUUUGAUCAUUAGUAUUCAUUUCCAUCCCCUGCUCUAGCUAUCAUAUGAGGACUACAGUUUUUUUGAUACAUGAUGUUGGGAAGGUUAUUUUCAUGGUUUCAUUGGAAAUUAUGAUGUUCAUUCCUACCAAUUUGUUACUUGUACAUGAUUUAAUUAUGUACUUGACAGGAGUGUAAGCAUUUGGUUUUUUCAGGUAGUUGUAUCCAAGAAAAUGGGGAACAAUGUAGCCGAACUUUUUCACGUUCUGGUGGAUGAUGUUGAAUCUUUUAAGAAGGAAAGGCAUAGUUUCAAGAUAAAUUAUUCCUUGCUCGGAAAAGGAAAUCUGUGCGAAACAAGGUUUGUUAUUGGCAAAAUAAUUAUGGAUACUAUGGGCUGUGGAGGUGUCCAAAGGGGUGAAGUCAACCAGGAGGAGAAAGAUGAGUUGCAUACAGUUGAUCCUGAACAAAGGGCAGAUGUGUUUGAAGAGAAUAGCCAUAGAGCAGCUGAUCUGGAAAAACGUCCAACUCUAGGCAAGGAUGAUAGAGGAUGCAGUAUACCACCAUCUAAUUGUGAACUAAAGCAAGAGAGUUCCGAGAAGCAAAAAUUGACAGGGAAGAGGAGCAAAUUUUCAGAGGAAAGAAUGCCUAAGAAUCAAGAGGCAAUUGCCAACAAAGAACCUGAGGAGAAAGCUGAGAAGAGGAAAGGCUUGAUUGACAUCAAUAAAUGCCUAGAGCUGGCCAAGAAGCAUCAGAAUUCCAUAACCAAGUGUCAUUUAGGCCAGGAGAACAGGAUUGAGCAAAGGGAAGGUGUGUUGGAGAAUAAAGAGUGUCACUUGGAUCAGCAUGGGGUGGUUACAAAGAAGAACAUUAACCCCGAAAAGGAAGAAAUUAAUACAGUAGGCAGCCGGUUGAGGUUGUCCAGUCUCUUCAAGUGAAGGAAAAGGUGUAUAUCUAAUCUGUUGUAGAUUACGUUAGUCAUCUGAGAUAGCAUAUUACGUGACUGACAGUUGUGCUUCGUUCAUGGGCUGAUAAGUUAAUCGUUUCAUGUUCCAGUUUUAAUUAGCAAUAUUGAGGAAACAUUUUACAGAAGCUUAAAUUAUUGAAUAUAUAUACCGA